GCAACAGAGAUGUAAUCAGAUCUGGCCCGUCGCUGACACUGUGCAGUUUCUGCUUGGAGCUGCUGCUCAAAUGCAAGCCUUCUAACAGGGAUGGCUCUUUCUGUGAUCGCACUGAUACUAAGCACUGGAGCUGUUUGUGGACUCACAUCAACACAGUCCCACGACUUCCACUACAUUUAUGGAUGCUAUGAAUCCGAUGAUGUGCGGGUAGACAUUGUUAUUGAUGACGAUGUGGUUGCGUAUGCCGAUUUCAACAAGAAAGAAGUAGUGUGGGCGAUACCUCACUUGCCGCAACCUGUGAAAGACAUCCAGAAAAGGGCUUAUGAAAUCGCCAAAGCCAGCACGGCGCACUGUCACAGCGUUCUGGGUAAAGCGAAAAAAGCAGAUCCUGGUGCUCCCCCACGGCAAGGUGCUCCUGACAUCUACUUCUAUACCCGGUAUGAGGCGGAGGUCAGUGUGGUCAACACUCUCUUUUGUGUGGCCAAUCACUUCUACCCGCCCACCGUCAACUUCACAUGGACCAAGAAUGGCGUGGAGGUCACAGAGGGGAUAUCAAACCUACGUUAUCGCCACAACAGAGACGGGACCUUCCACAGGAUUUCUACACUAAUUUUCUCGCCACAGCCUGGAGACUAUUAUUCCUGCAAGGUGGAGCAUCAAGCUGCACAAGUGCCUGUCAGCAAGAGCUGGGAGCUGAAGGUAAAGGAGAGGAGCGGUGUGAGUCCUGCUGCCGUGUUCUUCGGUGUGAGUAUGGUUUUGUGCCUGAUGGGAUUCGGGACCGGAGUCUUCUUUUUCACCAAGCAGUCAAAUUAAUGUCUUCAAAUUUACUAAGUGAAGCUCAAUCAUCUUCUUUUUAAUUUUUAUUUUAUUAUUCUUAUUGUUUCUUUUAUUUAUUUUCUUAUGUGGCAGUCUUUUAAAUCUACCUGCAAAAUCCCUUAUUUUAUACUUAAAUAUAACUUCUCCAUCUAUCCACCCACCUGUCCAUCCAUCCAUCCAUCCAUCCAUCCAUCUUCUUCCACUUAUCUGGGGUCGGGUCGAGGGCAGCAGCCUAAGCCCAGACCUCCCUCUCCCCAGCCCCC